GAUCGGUUGAACGACUGUUUUGAAGCGAAAUGUUUAAAUUGUGGCUGAUAGUGGAAUUAUUGCUGGCUGUAAGCAGUGUUUUUGCUGACCCCUGCGAAAUUACUCUACCAACGGGUUUGGCAAGCCCGCAGCCGGUUAUUGUGGCGAAUGGAAGUCUACUACGACCCACCAAUGUGGUGACCAGCUUUUCUGAAGAUGAAGAGAUUACGCUACAUUGUGCCGGCAACAAAAACAAAAUUGUUCCCCUAAAACAACAGACAGCCACGCUAAGGUGCCUGGGUGGUGAUGCUUUUUACUACGAAGAAACAGCGCAGAAAUUCGCAUUUCAGGAUCUCAAUUGCACACACGAACCCGCUGCCGAUUUGCUGGUAACAGAAAACUCAUGUGGAAGUGGCUCCGGAGUAUUUUACGAAGUAGGCUUCCAAGUGAAUAAUGAUUUCCAGAGCCUGUUUUCUAUUUGUUACAACACCGACGCACAUCAAACGGUUUACGCGCGUAAUCUCCUGAACGGCCGGGCACUUGAAUUCAAAGUGAUCGAUAGCACGCGCCGUUCUUUCCGUGCCGACGGCAUGGGCUUCACCACAGCAGCCAUAAACAAUUAUUACCUGGUUAAAAAUCAGCGUACGCGCUUCGAAACCUAUUUCGGCAGCGACCAAUCUUAUUUGAACACCACCAGCUUCCUGGCUCGUGGCCAUCUUGCACCAGAUGCCGAUUUCAUUUUCAGCUACGAACAAUUGGCCAGCUAUUUCUAUGUGAAUUGUGCACCCGAAUGGCAGGCGGUGAACGCCGGCAAUUGGUUACGCGUAGAGAAUGCGGUGCGUAAGAUGGCUACCGCAUUUAGUUCCGAUCUAUUGACCUUCACUAGCACUUUGGGUCAGCUGGAGCUACCUGAUGACAGCGGUGACUUGACAGCGAUUUAUUUAGAUAGCAAUAAACUGCUUCCUGCACCAAAAUGGUACUACAAGGUGCUGAUGCAUCCCGAUUUGGCCGUUGAUCUGGUCAUUUUGACGCUGAAUAAUCCAUUCGCCACCGUUGGCAGUGAAGUGGAAUUUUGCACGAAUGUUUGUGAUAAGUACAACUUAGAAACGAUAUCGGACUUCGGUGCGCACGCAGCUCGUGGCUAUACGUUCUGUUGUGAGCUAAACGAUUUCUGGGCAAAUGCAAUGGGGACAGAUACCCCAUACUAUGAUUUACCAGAUGGUUGGAGUUAUAAAUAAAAGAAAAGCACAGGUGAAUUGUACAGAUCCAUAAGUAAAAACACUCUCAGCUGGUUGUCCAAAAAUGCCCACAGCUGAGAUCAGCUGAUUCCAAAACGCGCUUUUAUGUAAUAGCUUAGACCGAUGGUGGCAUUAAUCGGAAUUAACGACUUGGCUUGGAAUUAUCUCAGGAAUUAAGCGCAACUAGUGCGAAUUGUCAACUACACUUAAUUCUCAUAAUUUAAGCGGAUUAGGAGAAAUUUCGAUGGCAACAUUGCCGAAAAAUGACAGUUAAUAUCUGCGAAUGAAACUUUUAAAGCGAAAUACAAGAAAGUUCGGAUGCAAUGCUAGUUUACACUAACACGUUCGAAAUUACAUUCAUUGUUUUGAUAUUUCGGCGCAGUUUGAGAAAUUGCAAUUUAAGAUUUUUUUUUUAAUAAAUUCUUAAAUUCUUAGUUUUAAGGCAGCUAAUACCCGUAUUUGUUGCCUGCGGUCCAUCUUUUACUGACGAAACUAUGCAAUAAGCAAAUCAGCUGUUCACUAGUCCGCGUAACAACCACCUGUCAAAUUAAAAUUAACCAGAAUUAACUGCGCCGGUAAUCCCAAUUAAAGGCGCCCCCUGUCUCGGCUAUAACUUGGUUGCAUAAAACAUGAUUACAUUUCAUACAAAAUCGUUUCAAAAAGUCUUAAAGAGUACGUACAAAUUCAGAUAUUUCUCAAUAAAAAGUAUUAUUAAAGCUAAGAAAUAUACAGGGU